GGAACUGGGAUACUCUGGAUGUUAACCAAAAGCAAAGGGAGUAGAACAAGGCAAGAACUCCUUAAAUUCUAUAAAGAGAAAUAUUCAGCCAACCUCAUGCAUCUGGUCGCGUAUUCAAAAGAAAGCCUUGAUAAAAUUCAGAGUCUGGCCGAGGACAAAUUCCAGGAAAUUCGAAACUAUGAUAGAAGUCAUUUCCAGUUUCCCGGUCAGCCUUCACAUCCGAACACCUUCAGAUUCUUGUCAGAGCCGUUCCAAUAAAGCAAGGCCACAAAUUAAGGAUUGUAUGGCCAAUCACUCCAAGCAUUGUUCAUUACAAAGAAGGGCCAUGCAGGUAUCUCGGUCAUCUCAUUGGCCAUGAAGGAGAAGGAUCUUUAUUUCAUGUCUGGAAAAAAUUA